AUGGCGAGGGGCGGCGACUCGAGCGCACCGAGAGUUUCUCGAGCCUCUACUUCUCAAGCAGUUCUCGAGAAGCUCACGAGAAAUGGCUCGGCGGCGUGUGCCGCUGCGCGCCAGUUGGCUUCGACAACAUACGCCGCCCCGCUGUUGUUUUACGAAUUGAAUGCCGCCGCUAGACAAACACGCUCGCUGCUCGCUGUGCUCAUAUGUGAACUGCAUUUCAACAAGGACGACAUUUUAAGCAGUACCAGUAUGUAUGACCCGAAAACUGGUAUACUCUUGACAGCACCGUUGGAUCGUCGACGCUUGAGAAAAGUACCAGCCAUUGUAAUGAACUACCAAUACAUUACUGGAAGCAACCAUGGAGGAAGUGAAUCUGUCUUGGAGACAACAACUAAAGCAGCUGCAGAACCACAAAUUGCUACAGCAGCACGAUCAAAUUCAGUAACAACUGCAGCACCAGCAAAACCAGCAACAUCUGAACCAGCUCAAGCAACAAGACCAAUAACAGCAGCAGCACAAGCAACAGAAGCAGAAAUGGUGUCAACAACUGUAGCAGUUCCACUACAGUCACUGGCAGAAAAGAGGAAGGAAACCACAGGCAUCAGUAAUUACAGGGCAAAACCAACAGAUACUACAACAACAGAUCCACCACCAACAGAAACAGUGCCAAUAAAAGAAUCAAAGGCAGCAACAGCACGAAGAAUCCUGUCAGCACCACCACCACAUCCACUACCACCACCACCACCACCACCACCACCACCUCCGGCCACAGAAGCACUAGCAAUGCCACCAGAAUAA